AUGAACCGUGUCAUCGUUGAAUCUGUGAUGCCAGUGCGUCUUGUUCAUGGCCAUGAUAAAAAAAAGAGUUUGAUAAUUUGUGUUCGACAAAUUGAUACCGUUGAAUUUUAUUCGCGACUAAACGAGCACGCCAAUGGUCUGGCAGAUUUUGUUGGACCCUUAAAAGAUGGUGACCAAUAUGCUUAUAAAUACAAGUAUCAUCGAUUUUGGUCUCGCGGUGUUGUGAAAUUUACGAAACCAGGAGGUGUGAAGGUCAUAUCGUCACUGGACAAAUCAGAUAUAAGAGAUUUCAAUCGAGAGACAAUGGACAUUCGGAAGAUUACCGAUCGCGCUUUAUUGGAUUAUCCGGCUCGUGAAAUCAAAUUCAUGUUCUAUGGAACAUUGAAAUUUCGGUUUCACGAAAGAUUCAAGAGACUCUAUAACGAAAUUUGUCACGAAAAAGAAAUUACAGCGAUGUUAGCACUUGUGGAAGACAAAUACAAUGCAGGAAAAGAAUGCUAUGUGGGCGAUUUUUUCUACAAAUUCGGCGAAAAGUGGCACUCUUUUCGAGAACUAUUAAUUCAGAGGCGAGUGACGUAUCCAACGCGCGUCAGCUCGGCUCUAAACCAGUUACUUUUUGAAAAACGGGCACAAUUUUUGUCACAAAAGAAUCGCAUCGACAUCUCUCUCUUGGCCAGUAUUGUAACCGUGAUUGAAGAACGUGAUGUUCCUGCUGUUGAAACCAAAAAACCAACCAGCAUUGCAACCGUGAUCGAAAAAGGCGCCGUAGACUCGGCCAGUACUGCAUCCGUGAUCACAAAUCGUGCUGUUUCUGCUUUACCCGCCGUUGAAACCAAAACCCCAACCAGCGUUGCAACCGUGAUCGAAAGAAGCGAUGUGUGCUCAAGUUCACAACAACAGGCGGUCGAAAAGCAGCUCCAAAUCCAUCACAUAAUUGAAAACCGUUUCGAGUGCCAUGAAAUUAUCGGGGAAGGGACAUUUGGACUUGUCUACAAAGGCAUCGACAGAGCAUCGCGUCUGCCCAUUGCUGUGAAAAUAAUUAAAAACGUGCGAUUUGGCGACACAACUACAGGCAAUAGUGAACUACAAAUGAUUCGAAAAUUGGACCAUGGAAAUAUCGUUUCGGAUUGGCAUGCUGGUGGUAGAUGUGCAGAGUCAUCGAUGUACAUUGUAUUUGAAUAUCUUCCGCAGACAUUGCACGAUGAGAUUCAAAGCACCAAUUACACGUAUACAUUGGAUCGAACGGCGAAAGUCAUGUCAAUGGUUUUGAAUGGGCUCAAGCAUAUUCACGAACGGAAUAUUAUUCAUCGUGAUGUAAAACCAUCGAAUAUCCGAGUUGAUGGCAAGGACAGAUUGAAAAUUUGUGAUCUCGGUUCUGCAGUUGAGUUGACUUUGCCAAGUCAAUACGAAUUCGACGUUCGUGGUACCUAUCCAUACAUGGCCCCAGAGAUUUUCUUAAGAAUAGGCUAUCAGUAUCCUGUUGAUAUAUGGUCCACUGGUUGCGUUUUGGCGGAAAUGUAUUUACGAGAUAUUUUGGUUGAACGAGUAAGCGGCGACAUAGAAAAUAAGAAACGAGGCCAGUUGAAAGAGAUUUUCAAGAUUUUUGGGACACCGAACGCAGAAAUUUGGUAAGUAUAAGAAGAAUAU